AUGGGGGAAGAGAAGUACUAUUUAGCUGUGAUACUAGCACAAGCAAUAUAUGCUGGCAUGGUUUUGCUUACCAAAGCCACCUUUAAUGGUGGUAUGAACUGUUACAUCUUCACUUUCUAUCGUCAACUAGUUGGAACUGUCGUCUUAGUCCCUCUUGCUAUGGUUUUCGAAAGGCGAAAUGGAACACCACUUUCUGUUGUUACCUUCGGCAAGAUUUUCAUGCUUGCCUUCUUGGGGUAUGUGACUCUUCCCCUUAAUGCUUCUAAUGUUGCACUUGCCUACACAACAGCAACAUUUGGUGCUGCUAUAUUGAACUGCCUCCCUGUUGCAACUUUUUUCUUGGCUCUUCUUCUACAGAUGGAGAAAUUAAACAUAAGGACAACAGCAGGGAUAGUGAAGGUUGCAGGACUAGGGGCGUGCAUGGCUGGUAUUGUGAUUCUUACCUUUUACAAAGGUCCUCAUUUGAAUCCCUUUUUCCACCAUCACCCCUUUGAGUAUCAUCACCCACAAGAAGAACAUCAAUCUCAUCUCUCUUCUAACAAAAGAUGGGUAAUUGGUUGUUUACUCUCUCUAUUUGGAACCUUUGCUUGGUCUUUGUCCCUUGUUCUUCAGGCUCGAAUCUUGAAAAUUUAUCCAGAAAGGCUAAGGUUCACAACCCUACUAUGCCUUUCAAGUACUGGUCAGUGUUUUGUAUUUGCUAUUACUUUGGAGAGAGAUCCUAGUGAAUGGAAGCUUGGUUGGAACAUUAAAUUACUCACAAUAGUUUACACAGUAAGCAAACAAGAGACCCUUCAUUACUUCUUUCAUUCAUAUAAUUUCAUUUUGUUAAGUGGAGAGGAGACAGCAGAAGAAUGCAGCAAUCAUCAUCAUCAUCACAAUCACGUACACAAUGCUGCUGUCACUAGUGUUACUAUUGUUUCCGAAGGAACCCUCGAUAUUGAUGAGACAUACAUUUCAACAUAUCAUAUUGGUCAAAAUUCAAUGAAAGUUUUCUACGCUGUUAAAGCUUUUCUGGAUGGCUGCCUCCAAGAGAAGAGGCAAGAUACUUUGUGUGCAAGCAAUCUUUCACGGGAGACUCUUAUUUUUGUCUGCAUUUUGCAAGUGAAAUAA